AUAAAAAAAGAAGACGUCAUUCCGACAUGCUGAAAUGUUAUUCCCAUUCAAAUGCUUUUAUUGUGCUGGUGCUCAUUAACGUUGCUGAAGGAAGUUGCUCCAGCUAUACAGAAUUUAAUAUCAGAAUGUACAGAAAAAGUAAAUAACAUUUCUGCCAACAUGCCUUCUGUGACCAGACAUAGCGGUCAAGCCGCAUCGGCUCUUCAAUCUCAGAGUAGUGGAAGGACACUGGAAAGUAGCACAGGUGAUGUUUCUGAUGUUACUUAAAAAAUGUCUACCAUCCAGCUUGGCAAGGUGUCAGCUGGUUCUCCAGCUUUGAAGCUCCCACAAUUAUUUAGUUUGACCCCAAACUCUUCAGGGAAAGAGGGAAACAUGCAAAAGCGAAGCAGUUGAGCUUCUCAGACCAACCAAAAGAAAAUUUUUCUGAAAGGAAGCUCUGUGGACCAAUCUUUGUCAAAUAAAUGCCUCGAUAACUUUCCCCAAGAUAGUGAUAAUUCUUAUGUUCUGAACCUAAAGAGUUCUGUAAGGGAAGCUGCUCUGUCAAUGCGAUCCCGCAAUUCAGAAUCAUCACAAGACAGUCACUCUGAUGGAAGUUCUGAACACUAUUUUGUGCCUAUUUCAUCAGCUAAUUUUUCUCAGGUGGGUCCAGAAAAUAGAGUCAUCUCCAUAAGGAGUAAGAGACUGUUUUCAUCUCAAACAGACAAUUCGUUGCUUGACAACCACCCUCAUGGUGACUGUAUGAGUGGCAAGUACGAUGACUAGCUGGAGAUCUUGAGCAAUUUGAAUUCACUACAUGAUUAUGAUCAAGUAAUGGAUUUUUAUGAGCAGCUGAUUCAAAUCAUGUAGCAUCUUCUGAUGCUGAGAGGCCCUUUUUUGACAUGGAAGAUUCUCAUGAUCAAGUGUUCUCCCGUCUUUUGUUAAUGGACACGUCCCUGUCAGCUGAUUCUUAUGAGGAUUUGCUCGUUUGUUGCUGUUUCUGCGGCUCCGCUUUCAGAAACUGAGACUACCUUGAUGGAGCACUGAAACUAAAGCCAGGCAAUGAUACUACAAUGGUUUUGUUUUUGGUCCUUGGUUGAGAUGGGCGGCACUAUCCCACUGAUUUGCUGUAUUACAUGACGCUUGUCUGUAGAACGUCCCUUUCUGAACCUCCUACUCUUCCAUCAAGCACGAUUGACAUCUCUGAGCCAAUUGACCCUGCUUUCCUGCAGCCGGGAC